AUGCCCUCCAACCCGGAGAAUAACACCGAGGACACGGCAACGUCCUCCGCCAGAAUGUACUCCUGUGCGACUUGCGGGAAGCGUUAUCAAAGAAACACCCACCUCCGUCGGCACGAAGCCACACAUGCUGCCACAGGUAAAUUCCGCUGCAUAUACUGCGACAAAGAGUUUGGCCGAGGAGAUGUGUGCCGCAAGCACAUGCUCCAUUGCCUAAAAAAGGACACCGAAGCCGUUGUUCCUGAGCUUCGCCGCGGACGCAAGCCCAAGGCCUGCGAAGCCUGCUUCGCCAGCAAGGCGUCCUGCGACAAAGGACACCCCUGCAGCAGAUGUCUGCUUCGAAAACUCCCUUGCCGUCCGCGGGACGUCGAUGACGACGUGUCAAGAGCCGCAUUGCCAUCCGCGGUAGCAAGGACACCGACAUCGUCGCAAUCCGCCGCCACCGGCAGCGACAGUCCAGGAAGCGCGGCACCAGAUGCCAACGCCGCCGACGAGAGCAUGCCCUGGAUCAAGAACCUCAUCAACCCGCGUGCGGCCUCGAUGCUGGAGCACAUGGCCAACGACACCAGCGUCGUGACGGAGCGCAUCCCAGACAUGAGCUUCCUAUCAAACGACCCCAACACCACCCACGAGACGCAGGCAUCCGCGGAUGUGCCCGAACUGAUGGAGCUCUACCCGUGGAACUACGCCACCAUGCUCGACGACGCCAUGUUCAACUUUGACGGCGCCGAGGACAUCAACAUGCUGUCCCUCGACGACGCGGACAUGCUGUUCCCCUCCAUUCCCGGCUUCAGCCCGUCCUCGUCCGGCGAGGGCGGCAUGGAAGACACGUCCCUGCACCUCGUCAACGCCCUGCACGACCUGCACAACGAGCUCUCCGCCAGCGACCCGACCUACAGCGAGGCCUUCAGCCUGCACGCCGCCCGCGCCGCCCUCUCCGCGACCAACCUCAAGCGGUUCGCCGCCACCUUUUUCCGUCUCAGCCACGUCCACUUCCCCAUUGUGCACAUACCCUCGUUCCGGUCCACGUCGUCGCGGUCGCUGCUCCUCAGCCUCGUCGUCCAGGGCGCCUUUCGCAGCCCGCCGCUCGACGACGUCCUCGCCACGCGCGGGCUGCUGCGCCUCGCCGAGGCGUACGUCUUUCGCGAGCUGCACGACGCCGUCGCCCUGGGCACGACGUUGCACCUGCCGACGACCCCCAUGCUCGAGGCGCUGCAGGCGGCGCUCGUCAUUGUCUACCUGCUCGCCAUCAACAACAGCGUGUCGUCGCGGCGGCAGAGCCGUGUGCGGCGCAUACCCGAGAUUGCGUGGGCGGUGCGCCACCUGGACCUCAUGAAUGUCCGGCACAUGCCCGACGAGGACUGGCAGCUGUUCAUCUACCGCGAGACCUGUAUACGCGUCGCCACGUGGACAGCAGUGGCCGACUGGCACCAGUGCGGCAUGUUUCGAUGCAUGCCCAUCAUGGCCACUGUCGAGUUCAACUGCAAUCAUCCAUGCUCGACCGCCGUCUGGGACGCCGCUAAUGCGGCUGAAUUUGCCCUCGUCAUAGCUGGUGAGAAGCGCCAACACAACGCGCACCAGUCUCCGGCCUCCAAUACUGGCUCCGCCGCCUCGUCUUCCUUUCCAGCUUCGGCACAAUCCAACCUCCGGGAAUUCAUCGACGUGCUUAUGGCCGACAAGUGGAACCAGGCGGAGCAGUGUCCCCGCGAUUCCUACAACAUCCACGACCUCACCACCGCCAUCGUCGCUUUGAGUAACGUCACCAUUACCGCCGACAUCAUGUCCAUCAUGCCCUUUACUGCACCGGCUCUGCUACGCGCCCUCGCCCGCUGGCAGGAGCUGUGGAACAACCUGAUGAGAGAGCUUGACACUGCGGCACUGAUGAAGACGGGAAUGUCGAGACACAGUAAUGAAAUGUGCCAUUUGACAAGAAAGAUUGUCGAAGCCAGCAUUAACAAGUCCAAGCACCCUUUCUUCCAAAAGCGCGGCCAGGGCCGACAGCGCGUGUAUUAUAUCAUAGAAGAACGAUCUCAUCACCAAGCAUAA